AUGUCCUUUACUAAACACGUAAAUUUGCAGACUAACAAAUAUGACAACAGUCUAGAACCUACAGCUUUAGACGCCACAGUGGUAGAUUUCGACGGUGUAGUCUAUCGAAUUUCAACACCAACCUCAAAAAAUGUCAUCCUUUUCUCACUCUCGUGGCAAUGUUUUCCCGAGCUAGUAAAGUGGGGUGUUCACGGAAUGCUUAAAAAAGAGUAUGGUCCGUAUUUUUCUGCUGAGACUGAAAACGGAUAUAAUUUUACGCUUGAAUUCAACUUGAAAGUGCUUCCCGAAGCUAAAGAGGACAGAGAAGAACUGGUCAAUAAAGUAUCGCUUAUCAAGCGAAAUCUUUUAGCUCAACCAUUCGAACGUGCCUUUGUACAGCAAAGACAAUUCGAAGAUGAGAAGCAACCGAAUCCUACCCCCGAUCUUAUGCAAAUUCAAUAUCGAGAACAGGAAGCGAUUUAUAUCCAGGCACAACAUGAUCGGGUAACCGUGAUUUUUUCGACCUUGUUUAAAGAGGAGACUGAUAGAAUUAUCGGCAGAGUCUUUCUACAAGAAUUUGUAGAUGCUCGUCGUCAUCCCACUAUCCAAAAUGCACCACAAGUUCUCUACUCUAAUAAGGAACCUCCUUUAGAAAUUAGGCAUUUGCCUGAACUGCAAUCUCUGGGAGACAACGAAGAAGUUGGUUAUGUGACUUUUGGUCAUCCUGUUCCCUCGUCACUUUAUAAAACCAGAUGUAAGAGAGGCAACCAUAUCCCAAAUCCAACUCUUUCGCGAUUACCUCCACUAUCAUAUAAAAUGUUCAAAAGCUUACAUGCAUUCGAGAAUGCGAGCACGUGUACAAGCUUUUCUGAAAGUCUUGAAUAG